CGCCCACGCUGUUCAUGGCGGCGGCGCCCGCUCCCGUCACCGGCCCGCCCGCGCCGCCGCUCUGACGCGCUUCCGGCGCGGGGAGCUGCCGUGGCAGGCGCCGCCGUGACGGCGCGAUGCGGGCGCUGCGGUUGUGGCGGGGGCUGCGGGCGCGGCCGGUCCCUCCCGUUCGGGCGCUGCGGAGCGCGGUGCCCCCGCGGCCGGGCCCGCAGCAGGUGACGGCGGAGGUGCUGGGUCAGCUGGAGCACCUGGCCCUGGUUGAUUUCCGCGACGCGGAGGGCGUGGAGCGGCUGCAGAAAGCGAUCCGGUUUGCUGACCAGCUGCGGGAGGUCAACACCGACGGGGUGGAGCCCAUGGACUCGGUCCUGGAGGACAGGUGUCUGUAUCUCAGGGAAGAUGAUGUUACAGAAGGUAACUGCACAAGAGAGCUGCUGAAAAACGCCAGAGAGAAGGUGGAAGAAUAUUUUGUAGCCCCACCAGGUAACAUCCCUUUACCAAAGCUAGAAGACCAAGAGACUUUUCUGCAGGGCUCUUAGCAAAAGCCCAGAACCCAAACACAAAAUCAGUGUUUUAUUUGAGGAGAAAAAGAGGUUUGUGCAGUCACAGAUGAAAUACCCUGGUGUGUGUUUUGGUCAAAAGAGCACUUGCAAGACAAUUUACGGAAGAAAGAAGGUAUAAAAUGUUUAGUAAUGCUACUGAAAUGUUGAUGUUUAUAAGCUGAAAGGCAGCAUGACAGAUCACUUCAGGGCUUUUAUUUAGCAAAGCAAAUUUGAUGUUAUACUUUUAAGAUACUGACUGGUGUAAAGGCAAACAAUAGGUAAUAUAAAUUGGAGAUUAAUACACUGUUGUUUCUUAACAUCUCAAAAAGCCACCAAGCAUAUUGGAAAUAUCAUCAUUUGAGAAACACAGACAAAUACUAAAGAGUGUGAAUAAUAGUGGCACAAACUUCAGCCAUUAGUGACUUGCUCUUUAAUACCCUGUGUACAAACUGCUUGGACAAGCUCCCUCUCAGGCUGUUCAUUAUGUGCCACAUAUUUAAUGGAAAACAGGCUGAGUGAAAAGCAAUGUGGCUGCCUUCGGUCAGAGAAGAAACCAGCCACUGGGUAGGAUCCACUUUCACUCUACCUGCAAGGCUGCAUGUUUGGUAAGCUUUGAACUGUAUUUUUUCUGGAACUGAUUUUUUAUAUAUAUAUUUUUCUGCCAGAAAGUGAGAGUAAACACUUGUCCGACUCUUA